AAAUCAUCCCCUACAACAAGGGAGAAAGUGUCCCAGAAAAACAAAGUUGAAAAUCUCAGAGAAAAAAUGGGAAGAAGCCCUUGUUGUUCAAAGGAAGAUCUCAAUAGAGGAGCUUGGACUGCGUUUGAAGAUAAAGUUCUUACAGAUUACAUUAAAGAACACGGCGAAGGACGUUGGAGAAAUCUUCCUAAAAGAGCUGGUCUGAAGAGAUGUGGGAAGAGCUGCAGGCUUCGGUGGUUGAACUAUUUGAGACCAGAUAUCAAAAGAGGUAACAUCUCAGCUGACGAGGAAGAACUCAUCAUCAAACUCCACAAACUCCUGGGGAACAGGUGGUCAUUGAUAGCUGGGAGGCUUCCCGGCCGAACAGACAAUGAAAUAAAGAAUUACUGGAACACAAACCUAAGUAAAAGAGUCGUCAACGACUGCCGCCAAAAGCUGGCCACCGGAGCUUCGAAAAACAACAAAUCCAAACAGACAACCGGUGGUGCUGGUGGUGAUGAUAAUGGUCACGGGAAUGGUGUUUUUCCGGCAAAAGUUAUACGGACGAGGGCAACCAGGUUCUCCACCAAGGUUUUCUCAAACCCUGACCGUUGUGACAUGAAAAACAGAGAGGCAAAGCCUUCGACUUCUUCAAAGAAUCGAUCAUCAUCGUUGCCGGAAUCCGAAAACGAAGGGACGGAUCCUAUCUCGUCGGAUUUUUCGCUCGACUUCAGCAUGGGAGAGUUCUGUUUGUCGGACCUUUUGAGUUGCGAUUUCUGUGAUGUGGGUGAGCUUUGUUACGACAAUGCUUUUGGUUCGUCGCCGUCACCUUCUCCGACGAAAUGCUGACAUGUGGGUUUGAAUCUCCGGUCGUCGGCUCCACUUCUUGAAAACGGGAUGUGAAAUAAAUAAAUGACCAUUCAUGAAUAAUUACUGAAUGACUGUGUUUCCGAUGAAUUCUCCGAUCAGAUUUUC